GCACCCUAAAUUUUACAUAGUGCAGUCCUUUUGACCAUAGGGCCCAGGGUUCUGGGCAAAAGUCAUGCACAAUAGAAAUCGAUAUAGUACAGUUACUCCCAAGUAAAGAUAUGUUUUUGGGUAGUUGGCUAGCACUAGUCGGCUGUACCUGUGCCAAAACUCCAGUAUUUCUCCUUCUAUAGGUUGGCCUCAAAAUUAUUUUUAAGUGGUGAGCCAACAUGUUUUCACCACUUUUAUUGCUAUGAUGGAUCAACUUUUUUUUCUCAUGGCGUCUUGUACCUCUGCAGCAGACACCAUGAGCAAUAUAUUUAAAACGUCGACUCAGAAUAAAACCAAACUAUGGAAUCGCAGUGUAUAUAUAGAAUCGUGAUGCAUAUAGAAUGGCAGUCACCGGAGGCUGGUGAGGGGAGGAUGACUCCUAAUUGCGGCAAUGGAGUGAAUGGAAUGCCAUCAAACACGUUUGAUACCAUUAUCAAUAAGCUGUUCCAGCCAUUACUAUGAGCCUGUCCUCCCCAAUUAAUGUGUCACCAACCACCUGUGAUUACAAUACAUUGUAUUCCACCUAAGUAUUUUGAUAUCUUAUUGUGAGGUCCCUGGCAAUUCCCAGUCCUACUAUAGGGGUGUAUAUAGGGACUAUAUUGAAUCUGAUCUUUUGCCUUCCAAUUUAUACCGUACCACCUCCAUAUGUGGAUCUCAAUCCUGAUACAAACCCAAUCUGCCAUAUGCGACCUCUGAUUGGGUGCUGAGAUCUUUUUUUUUUUUUUACUGUUUUACAACUGCAGUGGUUUGGCCCUGCCCACUCCCUCUAAAAGUGCUUAAGAGGUCACAGAGGUUCUGUCAAUGACAGACCGUUUUAGAGACAAGGCUCUAUAUCAGGUUCAGGGUAUGGGUCCAUUUCAUUUCUAAUGGAAACUCCCAUUCCUGAGCGGUUUCUCUGGUCAAUGCUUAUGGUGACUGGGGUUCAGUGUGGCUCAGUUGGUAAGUGCGUCACAAUAGAAAUUCCAAGACAGUGAGUUCAAUUCCCAAAGGUAUUACAUAUAACGGUGCUUAAGUUAUGCACUCUGACACUGUGUUUUGUAUGUCCCCACUGUCAAGAGAAACUGUUUUCCUGGGGUAUAAAGGCCUGGGUCCUCUUCAAACAGGCCCACUGUAGCAAAGCGUUUAGCUAUGGAAGAUUGAAACUAAAACCUGUUCUUACUGGACAAGUUCAGGUAGCACUGUACCUCUGCUUUUUAAAACGUUUCUCCCUACUGAACACGACCCAGCUCUGAAUUCUGCCAGAGCUCAAUUAAAACCCACUACUCACCGAGGUGAAGAAAGAGUUAAUGAAAGAUGCAAGAACAGCAGGAGUAGGGACCGUUCUGUCUCUGAGCAUGUGCUGCUGUCCUGGCUGAUACUGCAGGGAAGGAAAAUGUGUCAAUUUUCAUUGGACAGUAGUCCCCUCCGGAAUGGUGAAUGAGCCUGUAACUGACGGUCAGACGAUGUCCUGUUUGCGGAUGGUGAUUCUUCACAUUGACCGUUGGUCCUGAGGUACAUUUCCAUGGAAUCUACAACCGUGGGCGACAAUCUCCCGACCUACACUGCUCCUCCACUAGAUAAAGAGCGAGGGGCGGUCACCAUGGUGUAACGGCUGUCGUUGAACUAGACCUACAGUAUGGCACGCCAAACCAACCAUUAGACCAAGAGGAAAUCCUUGUGGUCUGAGGGCGACAUUUCGGCCUCCGUCUCUCAGGCAGGACUGCCUUAUCACGAGGGCGUAAUUCCAAAUCGCGUCCACCGCAAUGGCAACCCCGGCACCCCCACCAGCGCCUCUGACGGUCCUGUCUCGCUGGUACCUGUACGCCAUCCACGGCUACUUCUGCGAGGUCAUGUUCACCGCCGCCUGGGAGUUCGUGGUCAACCGCAACUGGAAGUUUCCUGGUGUGACCAGUGUAUGGGCUCUGCUAAUCUAUGGGACCUGCAUCCUCAUCGUGGAGAACAUGUACCUGGCCCUCCGAGCUCUCCGAUGCCCCGUGCUGCUGCGAUGCCUCAUCUAUACCCUAUGGACGUAUAUCUGGGAGUUCAGUACAGGGCUGUUGUUGACCCAGUUCGACGCCUGUCCCUGGGAUUAUUCCCAUUUUCAGUAUAACUUUAUGGGGUUGAUCACAGCGGAGUACGCCCUGCCCUGGUUUUGUGCAUCUUUCAUGACGGAGCGACUGGUUAUACGCAACACGCUGCGGUUGCGGAUGGACAGGGACAGGGUGGAAGGGGACCAGUCGGAUGCAGGCGGGGGAGGAGGAAGGAAAGUGUGGGGCGAACAAAGAGGAGCCAACUGCUAUCUUAAAUUGGACUGAUCAAAGAACAAGGGAAUUUCCUCAUUUGGGGAAAGUCCGUCCUCAACCCUCGCACCUCUGCCCUCUCUCUUCUGUGACCUGGAAACGCAUAAGUGGUCUCGUGGUCGAGGAGUGUGUCAACUUGUUAGUAGAAAAAUGGUAGCCUCCUUUUGGCAAGGAAGCACAAGUGUAUCAUACCUGAGUCCUUUGCGGAAGAGUUUUGAAAUCUGCCAUACCCGCUUUGAAUCAGCAAUUUUUUUCUCAAAGGAGAAAAGCAUGCAAACAUUUAAAAACGAUAUGCUACUUAUCCUUUUAUCUACAAAAUGUCUUGUACGACUGGCUACAGUUGUUUUCAUCACUCUAUACAAUUAUUUGGGGAUUCCACCCUUUAAAAGUCAUUUGCUUGAUGACUCAUGAUUGGAGAAGGAGAGUCUCAUUUCAUACAAGUGUAUUUUCAUCCACAUUCCCUCUCCUCGCCACCGCUCCACGAUUACCUUGAACCUUUUUCAAAAGGAGGCCAGAGAGGCUGGAGGAGGGAGGACACAGGAGUUGAGCAAAUCCAAUUGAGGAAAGGCCAAUCUGAAUCACUCUGGAAUCCUACUCAAGCACUAAAACAUUGUAUGGAAAUGUAUAACACAUUUUUUAAUACGAAAUACACAAGUACUGUAUUUCUGUAUAGCUUCAAAAGCAAUCUGAAUAAGGUGCUAUAUGCAAUAUGUUCAUAAUUGAUUGUCAUGGAGAAUGAUUUUCUACAGUUAGUGAUAACCCACAAUAUUUGUAAAUGCAUGAGGGAGGUGUUUGGGUUCUGUAUGCAACUGUAGUCUGUUUACUCAUAAGCUAUUUGCCUAUUGAGAAAUGAGGUCUCAGGUAACUUACUCAACAAAUUGUGUGCUAUUUCUACUGUAUAUCUGUUCGAAUCAGGAUUUCUGAUUUCAGGAUCUCUGAUUUUCACGUGAUGUAAUCAUUCACUAUUAGCCAAGGACGUUGUCACCACACUGAAAGAGCUGCUGCUGCCGCCUUGUGGACUUGACAUGAUACUGCAUCUGAAAGUGUCAUCUGAAGUCUCAAAAAUAGGACUACAGGAGCUGUAUUCCUCCCAGAUAUCUCUUUGGUUUUUCCCUAUUAAUGGCCCUUGCUUUAUGGCCUCUGGCACUGUUUUGAUGAUGCAAAAUAAUGUGGAUCUCAAACCACAGAGUGGAUUCAAAAGCAAUACAUUAAAGGCCCAAUGCAGCCGUUUUUAUCUCAAUAUCAAAUCAUUUCUGUGUAACAAUUAAGUGCCCUACCGUGAUCGCUUUCAAUUAAAAUGGUCCAAAAAAAUCUUUCUCUUUCUUAUUGGUUUAUCAACUAAUUUACCGCCUAGUGAUGUCACGAUGGAGGGCCAGAACUCUAUCCCACCAAAACAGACAAAAACUUCAGGCAGUCUGUUCAAGCAUAUCUUACACUAAAAGGGCAUUAUCAUACUUUUCACAGUAUUAUUCCAGUCUCGUAGUGUGAAUAUAUAUAUAUAUAUAAAAAACACAGGAUAUCACAUUUUUGACUGCAUUGGGCCUUUCAGCAAUGAUUAUAUGAAUCCUUGACUCAACAUAGAAGUCUGUAGUUUGACUACCGUCUACCAGUAUAUAACUUUGUGCAGAUAAUGUUUUUAUUCAAAAAUGCACAGCUUUUAUUUCCAAAACGCUAUGUCCACUAAUUAUUCACAUUUGUGUUUUUUCAUCAGAAAUGAUUGCUUAUGGGUACCUUCAUGUGUGUGUAAAAUAUUACUGUUCUCAAAUGUUUUUAUUCAUAGAUUUGUGUAUGAUUUUUUUUGUUUUUGUUGCAAAACUCUAUACGGUGAGUGUUCAAAACAGGAACACCUUCCUAAUAUUGAGUUGCACCCCCUUUUCCCCUCAGAACAGCCUCAAUUAUUUGGGGUAUGGACUCUACAAGGUGUCGAAAGCGUUAGAGAGGGAUGUUGACUCGACUGCUUCCCACAGUUGUGUCCAGUUGGCUGGAUGUUCUUUGGGUGGCGGACAGUUCUUGAUACACACGGGA